AUGCCAGGAAGACCCAAAAAAAGGAGGAAUUUGGAACAAGGUGAACUGGAUGGCACAGAUAGAAAGAUGAGAAGAACUGGCUUCAUUGUGAAGUGCAGUAGAUGCAAGAAACAAGGACACAACAAACUUACUUGCAAGGUACCAUCAACUACUGCACAAGCAGCUCCAUCACAAGCAGCUCCAUCUCAGACUACUUCUGUACAAGUAUCCCAAGCAGCUCCUUCAGCUCCAUCACAGUCAUCUCAAGCAGCUCCUUCACAAUCAUCUCAAGCAGCUCCAUCACAAUCAUCCCAAGCUCAGAAGACUACUCCAAAAUCAGCCAAGAAGACUACUCCUAAAGCAAAGAAGUUGGCAGUUAGAAGGCCAAAUGCCCCUUUUAUCCCACCUGGUCCAACCACAAGGCUGACUGCUGCAAAAACAGCUAUAGGUCCAACAACAAGGAGGACAACACCUACUAAAAGGGCCACACCAAAAUGGAAACCAUAG